CGACGGCGACGUAGGCCGACCACAGCCUGUGUGGUCUGCCGGAGGCGAAAGACGAGAUGUAAUGGCGAGCACCCCUGCAGCAACUGCUCAAGGGCGAGGAAGAAGGAAGCCUGUGUCUACGAAGACGAAACGCCACAACGCAGUGCGCCCGAGGGGCCAUCGCCUGCAUCACAAGACGGAUCACCAGUGCCUUCAUCGUCUAUAAAAACGCCGAGCAUCGUCGGUGCAAACCCCAAGUCAGGGGGGCCCGACGUCGAUGCCCUGAAGACGCGGAUCAGACAUCUGGAAGAGGAACUUGGCAGGAUCAACAAUUCACGCACAGCGCCGCCUGUAGCUUGCGCUACUACUGCGACGACGCCUGUCUCCCACGUCGGGACUCCUUCGUCGCAUACCUUCGAGUCCAAGAUCGGCGGGACGUUUCACAUUCAUCACCCGACUUCUCGGGAACCCGCACAUAAAAGUACAAUCGAACAGGCACAUGGGAUCUCCCGGAGCAUCUCGCACAAGACCCGGCUGUUUGGACAAAGCCAUUGGGUGAACACUGUUGCUGCCAUUGCACAAGACCUCAUCACCCUUGUCGACCCAUACCUAGGCACAGAAAACAGCAAUAUACUCUCUGGAAUCCAAAAAUGCAAGUGCAUAGCCCGUGUUAUCAAGGCUCAGCGAGCUCCGCAGUGGCCAUGUCCGCCCAGACCUGGCCUGCCUCCCAAGCAUCUUGCCGACGAGCUGCUCGAGCACUACCUCCAGACCUUCGAGACUGUCUACCGGGUUCUACACGUGCCGACCUUCAAAAGAGACUACGAGUCUCUCUGGGUAUCUGACGACACAUCACAGCCGAACAUUGCUUUCAUCGUGCAGCUCAAGCUUGUCUUCGCUCUCGGCGCCCUAAUUUACGAUGACCGGUUCACCCUGCGAACCUUGGCCAUUCAAUGGAUAUACGAGGCACAGACCUACUUGUCUGAACCGAUCUUCAAGUCCCGCCUGGGGAUUCAAACUCUACAGACCAGGAUCCUCCUCGUCCUCGCGCAAGAGUUUGUCGACGUCGGUGGGGAUGCUACCUGGGUUUCUGUUGGGGUGAUCAUGCGCACAGCAAUCAUCAUGGGCCUGCACAGAGACCCGUCACAGCUCCCCGAGAUGUCCACAUUCCAGGCUGAGAUGAGGCGAAGGCUGUGGAACACAAUCCUGGAGCUCUCCUUGCAGGCGAGCAUGCAGACGGGCGGACCGCCCCUCAUAUCGACAAACGAUUUUGACACGGGCCCGCCGUGCAACUACGACGAUGAAGUGCUGCUCGUGGAGGACGCUGCGCCGAAGCGGGGCGAUGAGCCCACAGACACAUCUGUUGCAAGGGCGCUGCGGCAGACAUACCCAGCGAGGCUGGCGGUGGCCAAGUCCCUCAACGAUCUCAGCUCCGAGCCCAGCAGCUACGAGGAGACAUUGCGUCUUGACGCGGAGCUCCGAAAGGCAUUCAAGACAAUGAGCCAAGCCCUACAGCAGCGCACGUCGCGUGAACCGAGGCCGGACUUUGCUGCCAAGGUCGUCGACUUCCUGGUGCUGUGGUACCUGUCCUCGCUCCACGCGCCGUACUUUGCCGCGUCGCUGCACGAGACCUCGUAUGCCUUCUCCAGGAAGGUCAUGGUCGACCUCUCUCUCAGGAUGUGGUGUGCGGUCUGCCCAUCCUCAGCGAUCACCGCGACAUCGUUAUCCUCUCGCGAGGAUGAUGUCACUCCCCAGGAAGGAGGCGACUGGUUCUCUCGCUUCGUGACUUGCGGUGCGGGCUUCUUCCGCAGCGGUGGGUUCCGAGCCGGUUUUAUCACCACCGCUGAGUUGCGAGCCCAGCUCCAGGAGGACGACAAUCUCGGCCUGGGCCUGGGCCUCGGCUCCCUAAACACGCGCACGGAUCUGUUUGCCAUCGUGGGUGAGACCAAAGCUUGGUGCCUGCAGUGCAUCGACACAGGAGAGACGAACAUCAAGGGCCAUUUGAUCAGUAGUUUACUUGCCGCGCACAUUGAGGGGUUGAAGAGAGGAGUGCCCAAGGAGGAUCUCGGCCGCUUCUUAGUCAGGGCUGCAGAUGAGGCUGUGGAGAUAUGUCUGCCGAUUAUAGAAGCG